AGUGUUUCGCGUUGGCACGAACUUUGUGUUUGAAUGGGGGAGCGACGAGGAGCUAGGGUUUGGUGCGCCUAAAAGAUCUCUCGCGGCGUCAUCGCCAAUCCCAUGGCGCAGCACGGCGAGGAGCUCGCUAUGGCUUCCGAGGCCGCGAUCGAGCAGCACCAGGUAGCCGGCCUCAGCUUGCUCUUGCAGAUCGUGAUGCUCGGAUUCGCCUUCGUCCUCGGCCAUGUCCUUCGCCGCCAUAAAUUCUACUAUCUCCACGAAGCCAGCGCCUCGCUGCUCAUAGGCAUCAUCGUGGGAGGGAUCGCCAACGUCUCAAACAAGGAGAUGAGUUUCAAGAGAUGGUUUAACUUCAACGAGGAGUUCUUUUUCUUGUUCCUUCUCCCGCCGAUCAUAUUCCAGUCAGGCUUCAACCUUUAUGCUAAACCGUUCUUUUCAAACUUUGGAGCGAUUUGCGUAUUUGCGAUUGUGGGGACUUUCGUGGCCUCCAUGGUGACAGGAAUUUUGGUUUUCCUUGGAGGACUAUUUUUUCUCAUGUACAAACUCUCAUUCCUUGAAAGCUUGCUGUUCGGUUCUUUAAUUUCAGCUACCGAUCCUGUGACCGUACUGGCAAUCUUCCAAGAGCUCGGGACUGAUAUGAACUUGUAUGCUCUUGUCUUUGGAGAGUCUGUCUUGAAUGAUGCUAUGGCUAUUGCUCUUUACAAGACGUUAAUGAAGUUUUGGCAUGAUCCUUCCGCAAACUACAGCUUCACGGUUGCUGUUUCGAGCUUUUUGCAGACGUUCGUAGGAUCGAUGGGAACAGGUGUUGUUGUCGCAUUAUGCUGCGCUUUGUUAUUCAAGUACGCUGGGCUUUCUGUCAACAGCCUUCAUAAUCUGGAAUGCUGUCUGUUCGUCCUUUUCCCGUACUUUUCGUUCAUGCUAGCGGAAGGGCUUGGACUUUCGGGAAUCAUAGCCAUUCUCUUUUGUGGCAUUCUCAUGAAGCAUUAUGCGUUUCAAAACCUGUCUGAACCUGCUCAAGCUUUUACGCGAGGAUUUUUCCAAUUAAUCUCGUCUUUGGCAGAAACAUUUUUGUUCAUCUACAUGGGCCUGGAUAUUGCGACCGAAAGCCAUACCUGGUCUCACGUGGGGUUCAUCUUUUUCUCUAUUGUGUUUAUCCUGGCAGCAAGAGCAGCUAACGUGUUUCCUUGCGCAUAUUUGAUCAACUUGAUCCGGCCUGUUGCAAGGAAAAUACCUCUCAAGCAUCAGAAGGCGCUUUGGUUUAGCGGCUUGCGAGGCGCCAUGGCGUUCGGGUUGGCUUUGCAGAGCAAGCGUGAUUUACCAACAAAAUCUAAUGGUGAGACGAUAUUCACCACUACAACAGCUAUUGUCGUUGUCACGGUCCUCUUCAUUGGAGGCUCAACAUCAACAAUGCUGGAAAAGCUGGAAGUCGUUGGGGAUGAUUAUGCGGCUCUAAAUGUAGAGGUUGGAAACGACAAUAAUUUGGAGCUUCAUAGCCCGACAAGCUCGAGAUAUCUAACCUCGCCUUUCACAGCCUUCGACAAAAACUUUCUCAAGCCAAUUUUCACGAGCCACGUUGAUGAUGAGGACUUUGGUCUUUUUGACGCUGUGGACCAGAAUCACUCUUCCGACAAUCACGCGGUAGAAAUCCAAAGAUCUCUCAUACGACGAACAGAGAACGAGGAUCGCCAUUCGGAGAACGGUAGAAGCACAAAAGCCAUAAGAGACACUGGACGAUUUAGAAGCUUUUAAAGAACGUGUAAUACCAUGUAACCAUUUCCUCUGUGAAGGGACGAAAAGUUGACGGA